AUGACGGCAGCUGCUCGGUUGACCUUCUUAAGCCCGCAGGUCUUACGGGGUCUACGUGCGACGCCGCGUUCUGCAGCUGGCUUUGCUCGACAUAGAGGCACUUUCGCGCGUAGGAGAGGAAAAGCUGUUGAGCCUCAACCCCUAAAGGCAGAUACGACCGCCAAGCUUAAUGCCUCGCACCCACUCACUAGCGAAACACCUACUCGUCCCGAGCCCGAGAGCAGUACGACACAAGAGUCAGUACAGGCGACGCCAGACAAGUCAGUGUCUACGAACGAGGCUGCUGCGUCGACAAGUAGCAAACAACAACCUAAGGAGAAUGAGACACCGAAGGAAGAACAAGCCAGAACAGCUCGGGAAGAGGCAAAACAGAGCGGACCCCUUGAAGCAGUGUUGCAUAUGGAACCACCAGAAAUAACCAAGAAGACGACGACAACAAGACCAGGUCCGGCCAUGUGCCCACCGCCUUAUGUCCACCAUUUCGAUACUUACUCGCUCGUGAAGCAAUUACAAGAAGGAGGUUAUACGCAGGAGCAAGCUACAACAUCAAUGAAGGCGAUUCGAACGUUACUUGCAGAGAAUCUCGAGAUAGCGCAGUCAACUCUUGUCAGUAAGAGCGAUGUGGAAAACGAAACAUACCUUUUCACAGCGGCUUGUUCAGAGUUGAGUACCGAGAUUAAGAAUAACCGACGGCUUGAAGAAGAGCAGCUACGACAACAGCGAACACAUUUACAGCACGAGGUCGAUAUCUUGACGCAGUCACUCAAUCAGGAGGUUCAUACACUUAAUGAUAAUGUUCGAGGUUCCUUUAACGAUCGCAAAAUGGCCGUCAGAGAAGAGCAGAAAAGCGUCGAGAGCUCUAUUCAACAAAUAAAUUACAAGAUCAGCAUUGUUCUUAGUAGCGAUGCUAAAUCAGAAAUCGAGGCAGUAAGAUGGAUUCUUAUCCGUCGCUCUGUUCUUGGAAUACUCUUCAUGGCUGUUUUGACGCUUGGUACACUUCGAUAUGCCACAUACGUUAGCCAUGAACGACAAAGAGAAGCAGAUCGUCUCAAGAAAGAAGAGGAAGAGAAGCGAAGAAACGGCGGGAAGCAGGAUCGCGCGACGGAUGCUGACGCAAUUGCAAUCCUGGCUGCCAACUAG